AUGAAAAGGCUCAGGAUAGCGCUGAUUGGGAGCUCUGGUGGUGGGGUGGGCAACGUUGGACGCGAAGCGCAGGAUGUGGUGCAAUGUGUCGAACAGGAGCUGCGACGAUGCGACAUGCACCUUGUCUCGCUCCUCCUCGUUAUGACAGACCAGCCCUUUGACUCUGUCGCCAAAGCAACGCCGCCAACGGCCGGUACACAUGCCGUGAUGACAAACCACUGCGAAGAAGACAUGCCACAGCAGCAAGCAGCAGAUGCCCUGCAUGCAGCCCUGCUGUGGGAACUGGAGACCGACGCCAAACAUCCUUCUUCCGCCGCUACUGUUCCACCCCCACUGCCUUCGACAAACCCCACCGCCGUUUGUACAUACAGAGGCGCCCUCGCGCAAGCGAAUGAGCGCGCUCGCCAGGCCGACGCCGCCCUUGCGCGGCACAUUGCAGCAGGCCACAUUGAUGCGGUCAUCACGCUGUCCAGCGACCCCCUCAACGUCAACAGUCGCACAAUCAAGGCAUGCAUCCAGGCACGCGUCCCUGUUGUCGGCACCGGCGGCACAUCUGUGAGCGAGAUCACGCUUGCAGGUGCGCGUGUCAUCGGCAUGUCCGGUGGUUCCGUGGCCACCACGCCACUCACUCUCGCGGCCUCCAAUACUUCGGCGCUGGCAGCCCACUUUGGUCGCGUGUACACGCCGCCCGUUCGCGUGCGCCUGGCCGCGUACCACUCCGUGCUGGACGCCACCCUCCCAAUUGUCUUGGGAAUCUCGCUCGUCUGCGUGCUCGUGACAACACCAGCUCUCCUCCAGCCACACCAAGAGCACCAGCACCAACACCAACACCAACAGCCGCAGCAGGACAACUCCGGCUUUGAAGCAGCCCACGGCCUUGAUGAUAUCAUGCCUGCCAUCGCUCACAUCAAUUUCCAGCAGGUGAUGGCAUUGAUAGCACGUGCGACCAACAGUGCAGCGGCAGCGCUGACCAUGGCCCCCACGGUCGCUGCGGGUGUGCUCACGGCCACCCAGCACCGUUACGUGGGUGUGGAGGCAAUCCUUGCUUGCAUUGUCGCGUGCGCGUGCGGACCAGACAACCUUGCCGCCGGCGUUGUGUCUGCUGCACUCGUGUGUGCACUGCUCCCUCGCGUCUCGGCCGUCCUGGCCCGGCUGGGCUGCCCCGCCACCGCCACCGCCAUCACCGCGUGUCCCAUCACGGGGGUUGCGGCCGGCACCACAGCUGCGUUCAUAUCCGCAAUCACUGCGGCUGUUGUUCUGCAGUGGCCAUUGGGGGCGACGCUGGCGUUUGCACGCGGACCAACAGCACAGGCGCUGCUUUUCUCGCCACUUGCUGCUGCCGGCAUUGUGGGCGCAGCCGUGGGCGUGUUCACCCGCUACGCGGCAAAUGUUGGAUGGUAUCACUACUUUAUUUUGCCUCUCAUCCUCUUGGAGAUGCAAGGGCGACAGCAGCUGCUCCUGAGAGGCAUUGGUGAUGGUGGUGGUGGUGCUGCUGCUGCCAGCGUUGAUGGCGUGGGUGCAGAUGCGUUCGUUGUUGCAAUCACUCGAAUUCUCGAUGCCCUGGUCAUUCGCAGCAGCGGUGAGCAGGGGGUGGACAGCGCAAGGGACGGCUAUGAUG